CUUCGCCAUUCUGGGUUUUUUCUUCUGGUGAGUUUGGGUGCAAAAGUGAAAAGCUCCGCAAUUUCAUGUGAAAUUCACAUCAAAAAUAUCCCCGGUGGAUGGUAAAAUUUGCUUAAAAAUCGCCAAAAUUGCUUUCAACGAGGUCACCGCCAUCUUUGUCUCUUGCGGAAGGCGUUUCAUGAGGCAAAAUUAAAAAUCCAAUAAAAUAGGUUUUUUGCCACUAUAGAAAGCCCCCAGCUGAUAGCCAAAAAGAAACAGGAAUAUUCUCAGGAAUAUAUUUAUUCAUCAGAGGACAUCAGCUUCAACGGCAGAAGAGUAAAAUUCGAACUGUGAGCAUAAGUGGGCGUGGAAAGCUCUCGAGGAGCCGACGCGGCGACAGAUGUGUGAGUCAACUGCAGACGUCUCAGAGAGGGAAACCGAAGAGCUUUUAGUUCACCAUUACAAUUUGCCACGCAUCAGGUCUUGCUCUCCAUUGUGAUGAAUAAUUUACAAUAAUAGGACAAUAAGCAUAGACUCUAGGCAGUAUUUUUGGAUUAAGGAAUUAAAAAAGAUCGAUAUUCCUGGAAAACAAGAUUGAAAAGUAGCCAGUUUUUCUAGGAUUCAGGAAAGCGAGUGACGUAGUAAUGGCAGCCAUGUUGGAUGUGCUUGUGUAAAGCAGACACGCAUUUAGGGGGAAGUUAUUAAAGUGUUGAAUUGGGAGUAUUUUGUAAAACAAAAUGCCACGAAUUGAUCCACUGCAGCUUUUGACUUGCCUGGGAGUCCUCUUGGCUCCAAAUGGUGGCAUUCGGAGUGCUCAAGAAGUGAGACGUCUAGCUGGUCUGAUGGCGAAAUUUAGCAAUAGACUCGUGUCCAAGUGUAUCUACAUACAAAUUCUUAAAUGUACAGACACUGAGCUUUUGGGGCAAUUUAUGGGUACUGGGGGAUGGACAUUGACUCAUAUGUGGCUUCAGGAUGGUAUCCUCACCAAGAACUACCCUUUGGUUCAGGAGAUUCUCGAACUUUUGCUUCUGUGUCCGGUUGAUGUUGAUCGGCUGAAGAGCAAUUCAGCCCCGAAGUUGGUGAAGCAGCUCUCCAAGGAAUCACAUGAAGGAGUUAGAAUUUUGGCUCUUAAGCUCGUUGAGCAAUGGCUGAAAAUUGUGAAGGGUGAAGCUGUGGUCAAUGCUUCAAUGAGUACACCGCCAAAUGCCUUUUCUAGUGUCUCAAAGGAUACGACCACAGUUCCGGAGGCAGCCGAUGGCAUGACGGUGGGAAAGGAGGAGAUGUAUGGGAAUUCUGCGGUGGUUUUUGAUAAUCAAAGUAUGGUGUAUGAAUCGAGGGGCGGAGAGGGAAAUGUUGAAGAGAUAUCGUGCGAUAAAAACAAUGCCGGGAGUGUUGAAUCAACAGACAAUGGAUCUUUCGAUGAGAAUGAUAGUGUGGGUAAAAAGUCGUCUGGUGAUAGCAAGUCCAAUCACAAGACAAACAAUUCACUUGUUUACAAAAUCACGGUGAAGGAUGGAAAGCAGGUUUUGGCUAAGGUUGAAUCACCAACAAUUAAGACAUCACCAACAAAAAGUGUUUCAGCUGAGAAGGAGAAUCGUGGAGUUGCUGCUGGUGGUGGGGCUAGUGAGAAGGAGUCUUCUAAGGAAAAAGAAAAGUCCAAGAGUAAGAGGGAUGAUCGUGAUAAGAGUAAAUCAAAGGAUAAGAAGAGCGAUAAAGAUCGGGAUAGGCAUAAAGAGAAGGAUAAAAAAUCCAGUCAUAAGACAUCAUCGUCAUCAUCUUCUGGGAAGAGUAGUUCAUCAUCAUCUGGUCAUAGAAGUUCGUCUGAGGGUCAUAGUAAAGUGUCCAGUAGCGGGAAAAGUUCUAGUCGGGAUAAGGAUAGGGAUAAAGAUGAGAAAAAGGAUAGGGAUAGAGAUAGAGAUAGGGAGAAGGAUAAGGAUAGAUCUAAGUCUUCGUCAAAGUCCUCGAGCAGUAGUAGUAGCAGGGACAAGGAUAAGGAACGUCAUAGGGACAAGGAUAAGGAACGUUCGGAGAAGGAGAAGGAGCGUUCGGAGAAGGAGAAAGAGCGUUCGGAGAAAGAGAAGGAGCGUUCGGAGAAGGAAAAGGCUUCUCAGGCCGAAAAGGACAAGGACACCUUGGCCAAAAUCAUGGGAACGGGAUAUCUGGAGAAGCUUGGGAAAAUUCCAAAGAAACCCAAGACUGAUGCUGGAGAGGGAGAUAGCUCAGGGACAAAGGAAGGGUCGUCAAGUAGGAAACUAGCUGGUCCUGCAGCUCCUCCACCCAAAAAGACAACCUCAAUGUCCAUUGAGCAGCGAAAGGAUGGUGAAAAUCGACCAAAUACCGUGAAGAAAUUCAAUUCGCAGUUCCGUAGUCAUGGUUUGGAGGAGGCUCCACCGCCCCCAUCAUCCCGUCGAAAUCCUCCCAAGAAACCCGAAAUUAUCCCGCCAAAACCGAUUAGUGUGGGCUCAAACCCAGCAAAAUCAUCGUCGACCAGUGAGUCCGGGCUAAGUAGUGGAAUUCCGGAGAAGAGACUGAAGCUCGAUGUGAAUGUGACCAAUACUACCAGCAAUACGGGGCAGGGUGGAGCUGAUAAGUCUCCAGCUACUGACAAACCACAAUCCCCAGAAAAAUCAGCAAUAAAAAUUCCACCGCCACCGAGGCCAAAACAAUCAACCCUGGUGGAAACGGAUGUCUUUAUGGAUGCUCUGUGUUCGACAGCUUCGACAAAUAGGAAAGACGUGAAGAAAAGGAAGCGAAGACCCAGUAGUUCGAAGGAUGGUGCUUCGGCAAAUGCAUCUCCGCCAGAAAGUCCAACGGUAUCUAGUCCUAAGGCAGUUCCGCUGAAGUUCUACCAGGACACCCUUGAGGUCAAUGAGGAGGCAGAUAAGGAUGAUGAAGGGAAGGGUGUGAAGACAGAAGAGAAUGGUCGGGUGGCAAAUUCAGAGGCUGAUGAUGAUGAUGUGAUAAAGAAUAAAAGGUUAAAGAGUGAUAGGGUAGAUUCCCAGGAUGCAGAAGAUGAUGCAGAAGGGAAGAAGAAGUUGACAAAGGUGGAGAAGGAGGAGACCAGUAAGGAAUCGAGUGGGAGUGAGGAAGAUGUAAAGGUUCGAACUCCCGGUCCGGGAUGUGGACCAGAUGGACCGCCGGGUGUUCUGGUGAUUCAUCGACGAAAGGGUCCCAAGAAGUCGGUCAAGUGGAAGCCCCAGGAGGAAUUGGAGCAGAUUCAGUACUUUGAAUUGGAUGAAACGGAACGGGUGAAUGUGACAAAGACAUUCACGGAUAUGAAGCAGAUGGAGCGGUAUGGGGAACGUGAGGCUUUCCUGAUGGCUAGGAAACUCUCAGCAGAUGAUGUGAUGAUGGAGCAGAUUCCUUAUAGACCAUUGGUUGUGGUGGAUGAUGUGCCGCCGCAUCCAAUGGGAGCUCAAAGCAAGGAGAAGAAGAUUCAGAUGGAGAGAGAACAGACAGUUCUCAAAGCUCUCUAUUUCAAUCGUCUAAUGAUUCCGGAUUCUCCGGCUGAGCCAGAUAUGGAACAGUAUAAGAUUACUGAUCCGGCUGUUAUUCCGCUGGAUGAUGGGAAUCCGGAGAAUGAAAAUGAUUUUACCAAUACUCCAUGGCCUGAUCCUAAAGAUACUCCGCCCCAUGUCAGUGGAGUGAUGCAGGCAGAUCAGGCUUUUAAUCAGUUUAAUAUGAUGAAUGCUGCUGGUCCUCAAGCCAUGCCACCAAAUCCCUGGCAAAUGGCCGGACCACCAUUUGCCCAAUUCCAAAUGGGACAAUUUCCAGCAGCUGCAAUGGAUCCUCAGGGCAAUCCAAUGGGGUAUCCUACACCAGAAGAUAUGAAUGUUCAGGCCAUGGGAAUGGCACCUUUUCCUGGUGGGCCCAAUCCCAAUUUCAUGGGUGCUCCCGGGGUUCCGCCAUUCAAUGGGUUUCCGGGUGAUAUGGGUGGGCAGAUGAUGGCUAUGAAUAUGCCAAGGGGACCACCGCCAAAUAUGCCACCAGGAGGUGCUUGGUUUAGGCCAAACGGCCCCCCAAAUUGGCGUCCACCGCCUCAGAGGAAUAAUUGGGUUCAUGGCGGGAAUGGCAAUAGGGGCAUCUGCAAGUUGUACAAGAAGGGUUUCUGCAAGAAAGGUGAUAAAUGCAAUUUUCUCCAUGCGGGCGGAGGAGGAGGAGGAAAUCGUCGGUGAGAAGAGGAUGAAAGGUAUCCGUAGGAUACCUCCAAACAAUCAGCUGCCCAAUUUACCCAAUCUACAAAGGUAAAAGACACUAUUUCUCCUUAAAAAGAAAACAAUUUAUUGUAUAUUUAAUUAUUCAAGUACAAAGACGAUUCAUUAAUGCAUUAAUCUUGAGAGAGAGAGAGAGAGAGAGAUUGAACCAAUCAAUUUUUGUAUUAAACAUCCCUAUUCUCCUUUUACCCUCUGUGCUCCUCACACAAGAAAUAUAUACAUUUAUUACAAUUUUCUAAACUGAGGGUUUUCUUUGCAUCAAAAGCGCCUUGGUUUUAUGAAUGAAUUCAUUUUCAACGAUGCGUAGAUAACAAUGGUGUGUGUCUUUGAUAAAAUAAGGGGAAAUUGAGAAGAAAAAAAAAUCCCCAGAAGAAUCGCGCAAUCAUCUCUCUCAAGGCGCGAUUAUCAUUGUAAAUGUUAUGUUUUUUUGACUUUUUUUUAAUAAUAAUGUUUUAUGUUAGGGAAGAAUGUUUAUAUGGAGAUAUACUAGAAAUAAAUGAUAGAAUUAACCUAAA